UCGAUUGUAAUCGUGAUUUGUUUUGAGUUAAAUAGAACUAAACUAAAAAGAUAAAAACAAAUGCGGAAACCGAUUUGAAUGCUGAUUUUCGCGUACGAAAGUGAAUUGGAAUAGCACGCCCAAAAUCGGGGGGUUCAUCGUACGCAAACUUAAGCCAAUAUUUCAACUAAUUUAUUAUAUUUGCCAUGGUGUUGCCGGCCACCUCGACAUUAUGCAAUGUAUUUGCAUUUCUGCUGGCUGGCUCGCCCAUCUUCUACAGUGCCGCCCCACGCGGAUCCUGUUCCACUUGCUGUGCGAUUAAGGAACGCGAGGACAUAAAGUUCAUGCUGUACACCAGCCGGAACCGCAAUUCCGCCCAACUGCUCCACCUGAGCGACGAUGCCCGGCUGGCGCAGAGCAAUUUCAAUUUCAAUUACCCGCUGGCCAUCUAUCUGCACGGCUUCUCGGAAUCGGCCACCGGCGAACGGCAGAGCAGCCAGGAGCUCAAGGAUGCAUUCCUGAGGAGGGGCAACUACAAUGUCAUCCUCAUCGACUGGAGUGCGAUGACGGCGGUGCCCUGGUACUCGAAUGCCGUGGAGAAUCUGCCGGUGACGGGCCGCUACUUGGCCAGGUUCCUGCGAUUCCUGGUGGACAAGGGCUACCCGGCGAAGUACAUCCACUUGAUUGGCUUCAGCCUGGGCGCCGAGGUGGCCGGUUUCGCCGGCAAGCAGCUGCAGGAGUGGGGCAUCAAGCUGCCCCGGAUAACGGCCCUUGAUCCUGCCCUGCCCCUCUUCGAGGGCAACAGCUCCAACCGCCGCCUCAGUCCCAGCGAUGCCAGGUUCGUGGAUGUCAUCCACACGGACGGAGGACUGCUGGGCAACCCGGCGGCUAUGGGUCAUGCGGACUUCUACCCGAAUGGGGGACGACCCCUGCAGCCCGGUUGUGCCAGGCAGAACAUUGCCAAUAACUGGCUGGGAAUAAUUGUCGGUUGCAGUCACCAGCGAGCUUGGGAGUACUUCGUGGAGAGUGUGGGCCAGCCCCGUGGAUUUCCCGCCCAGCGUUGCGAGCCCUCCGAAAUGUUCGGCAUCUGCCGGGAGCCAGGAGGCGGCCCCGCCUUCAUGGGCAUGGGGGCGGAUCCCAGGAUUCGUGGCAAAUUCUUUCUGGAUACGAACGAUGCCAAGCCAUUUGGGCGGAGCAGCCGGCCGAGGGCAAUUGUCUCGCUGGCUCCUCGGCUGCCCAUUGCCUACAAAUUGCCACCUAAUGCCACCAGGCAGACAUCUGUCAGUCGGUGGCUUUUGGGCCAGAAGGAGCAGUACGACCAGGGCGAGAACGAGGACAACAAUGCGCUAAGCAACAACAUUGACAGGUUCUCACUGACGUGAUGGAAUUUACACAGUUCUCGAAGGAGGGGGAGAUGGUUGGCCCCCCACUCCCAAGAGGGUCCUCCAUCGGUUGAGAUUUAUGUGGGCAGCUUUUCAGCCCCAUGUUGCACUCCUGGGCAACAGUUCUUGUGAUCUUUCGUUUAAGUAUUUCUAGCACGUAAUCAGGGCAUUUGUGAGCCGUUUAAAUAAAUAUCCCUAAGUAUAAAUAAUUGGAU